AAACCAUAGUUAGCAUGUUAACCAUAGAAAUAGGAACUAUAGUUAGUGGCACGAGAUUGGUAAGUUUAGAAAGAGAGAGAAAGUGAAGAAAGACAGAGAGAGAAAAGAGAGCUCUCUAAUAUCGCCCCCUUCGUCUCUCUCUCCUCCCACCCUCAUUUCUCAAUCUAAGUGUUUUUUUUUUUCUUUCCUAAAAAAAUUAAACAAAUAAAGCUUCUUCUCUUCAAUAAAUUCUUCUCAAAUUUGAGAGAUUGUUGUCAUUUUCUGGGGAAAAUCUCAAUUUAAUUUCUGAGCUUUUGCUGUAUUUGGAAUCCUCCACUGUUGGGUGUGCUGCCCAGAAACUCAUUUUCUCUCUCUAAAUCUUCUCUCAAGCUGCCUGGUUUGUAUUCAUCUAUUUUUGAAAUAUUGUACUUUUUUUUGAAGUUUUCAUCUUUUUUUGUUGUUGUAUCAUUGAUGUUUGAUUGACUAUUUCUGGGUAAUUUGAAAAAGGAAAUCUAUAAGAUCUGAGAAUAAGUGGGUACUUUGUUAAUUGAAUUUUGACGGAUUUGUUUGUACUAUAUAUAGAAAUAUUAAAGGGGUAGAAAUGAAGUGGUGGGCAUUUGUUUGUAAUUUAGGGUUUUUGACUUUGCUGUUGGAGAUUUGAAUUGGGGUUUUAGUAAAAUUAAAAGGGGAUAAUAAAAUUAGGGAUUAAAUUAAAGAAAUGAGAAAUAUUGAACUGGGUAUGGGAGGAGGGGUAGUGUGGAAUGAAGAAGAUAAAGCAAUGAUCGCCUCUAUAUUGGGUACUCGAGCUUUUGAUUACCUGAUAUCAAGUCCAUUUACGGCUGAGACUUCUUUGGUGAGUCUUGAGAACAAUGAGAAUAUCCAGAAUAAGUUAUCUGAUCUUGUUGAGAGGCCAAAUGCCUCUAAUUUUAGUUGGAAUUAUGGGUUUUUCUGGCAAAUUUCGAGGGCGAAAUCGGGGGAGGUGGUUCUGAGCUGGGGGGAUGGUUAUUGUAGGGAGCCGAGGGAAGGGGAAGAAUCGGAAGCUACCCGGUUAUUGAAUUUUCGGCUUGAGGAUGAAUCUCACCAGAAGAUUAGGAAAAGGGUACUUCAGAAGUUGAACACAUUGUUUGGAGGCUCUGAUGAUGAUAACUUGGCUUGUAGGUUGGAUAGGGUUACUGAUAUGGAGAUGUUCUUUUUGGUGUCCAUGUACUUCUCGUUUCCUCGAGGCGAAGGAGGACCGGGGAGUUGUUUUGCUUCCGGGAAGCAUGUGUGGGAGUCGGAUUUGUUGAGGGCCAAAUCUGAUUAUUGUGUUCGGUCGUUUCUGGCUAAGUCUGCUGGGAUUCAGACUGUUAUCUUGAUUCCUACUGAGUCUGGUGUUGUGGAAUUGGGGUCAGUAAGGGCGAUUGGUGAGAACCACAAUGUACUCAAGGCGUUGAAGUAUGCAUUUUCACCUCCUCCUGCUCCCGUGGUUCGUCCUAAACCAACUUCGAUUUUCCCUAUGGUUGUCCAUAAGAUAGAGGAAGAAGAUCCUGUUCCUCUUAAUUCUCCAUUACCUCCUCCUGUGUCUGCUCCUACUUCUGCCCCUGCACCUGCUCCUGCUCCUCUUCCCGUGUCUGUUCCUCCUCCUGCUCCUGCCCCUGCAUCUGCUCCUCCUGCUUCUGUUCCUACUACUGCCCCUGCACCAGUAUCUGGUCCUUUUUCGAAUGCAAGGCUUGUUGAUCGUGGUGUAGAUGGGGUUCAUAAAAUUUUUGGGCAGAAUCUAAAUACCACAGUUCGCCCUCCCUUCAGGGAGAAACUUGCUGUUAAAAGGAUGGAAGAUAGACAUUGGGAUGGCUAUGCCAAUGGGAAUAAGCUUUCUUUUACAGGCCAAAGCCCCAGGAAUAACGGUAUUCAAUCAGUUCAAUGUACGAAUUGGGCUAACAUUCCUGGUGUAAAACAUGCGACUGCGACGGAGCUUUAUAGCCCUCAGAACACGAGGCUUCAGGAGUAUGUGAAUGGCAUACGAAGUGAGUACCGGCUUAACCAGUUUCACCAGCAAAAGCCGGCCCAAAUGGAAAUCGAUUUUACAGGGGCAACCUCUAGGCCUACAGUGGCUUCUCAGCCAGGUAGUGCUGAGUCGGAGCAUUCAGACCCUGAAGUGUCUGGUAGAGAUGAUAGAUCAGGCCCUUCAGAUGAUAGAAAGCCUCGUAAAAGAGGGCGCAAGCCGGCCAAUGGCAGAGAAGAGCCACUUAAUCAUGUUGAGGCAGAAAGACAACGGAGGGAAAAACUGAAUCAGCGGUUUUAUGCAUUGAGAGCUGUUGUCCCUAACAUAUCCAAGAUGGAUAAAGCCUCGUUGCUCGGAGAUGCUAUUUCUUAUAUCACCGAGUUGCAGAAAAAGCUUAAAGAUAUGGAAGCAGAAAGAGAGAAGCAUAACAGCACUUCAAGAGAGACAUCUGGUACGGAAGCCAACUCUGUUGCAGAGGUGCAAGGACAAGCUCCUGAAGUAGAACUUCAGGCUUUGCAUGACGAGGUCGUGAUAAAAGUAAGCUGUCCGCUGGAUUCUCAUCCUGUGGCCAGAAUUAUCCGGGCAUUCAAAGACUCGGAGAUCAACGUUGUUGAUUCAAAACUUGCUGCAGGUACAGAUACCGUGUUUCAUACUUUUGUUAUAAAGUCUCAGGGUUCCGAACCACUGACUAAGGAAAAGGUGUUGGCAGCGUUUUCGCAUGAUUCAAAGUCUUUGCAAGCUCCUCCAUCAACUGGUGAAUAGGAGCAUGUAGUUUUCUCUUAAUUAGUAGGGUGUAAUUGGAUAGUAAAGUAGAGGAAAAGAAUCCAUUGGAUGACUUCUGCAGAGGUUUUGAUUUUGCAGCAAGGACGAGUUAAAGAGGAAUAGGUGGUGCAAAAAAUGUCCAUUAGAAGUAGAAUAACAGCAAUUGACAGCAAUAGAGUCGUCGCAAAUUUGUUUUUGUUCUGUUCAUAGUUAUACAUAUUUUGUCAUAUUGAAGUAUUUUAGCAAGGUGAAUUAAUUGUGUAAGUUCAA